AUGCGUUACAUUGCCUUAGAGCAAGCGUUUGACGAAUGCUAUGAACAUCAAAGACGCCAUCCAAUCAGAAGCUCUUGGUCAAAGACUGGACGUCGCGGCUCUCUGCCCUCUCGGCUCCGAAAGCUGGUCCAAGCGUCUGAUGCAUGGAAUUCGAUAAGAUCUCUAUCGAUAAGGAGCUUCAAUCUCAACCCCAGACUCAGACCCCGCGCGGCGCAUCACACCCUUGAGUCAUUGAGCAGCCGCGUCUGCUAUGGUUCGAGGUCUCAUUAA